AUGUCUUUUGGUAUACUGGUUCAUACCGCAAAGAAUGGCGUGGAAAUCAAUUCUGCUCAUUCAUUAAAACGUGAUAUGAUGACUCUUGAGUCCGAACUUGGAUUCAGUACCCUUGAAUCAAGUUAUAUUCGAGUUAUUAACUGGAACAUGCCACCAAACAUCGAGGACUUACAACCACAUUUUAAAAAAUUUAGUUUGUUGCAAUUAGAAGAGAAACGACUUACAAGUGGGAAAUUGAAUAUCAUAGAGAAAGAUGAAUCUACUUACGAACGAUUUCUUUAUGCUGAUUUUCCUGAACAACAAUCGACCGUCACGAUUUUUGUCAAAGUCAAUUUUCUCAACAAAGGGGGUUUAUUUUCGCUGGAAAAGUUGAUUAAAAAAUUCAAUACGAUCUCGAAAAAAUACAAUUUAAUUGAACAAGAAGGUAUAGACACACAGGCUUCUAUUCAUCCAGAUAGUUCAAAUUCAUCGUAUGCGUAUAUCAUUUGGGCCGGAAUUAUACCUGUGUUGUUGUUAUUACUUAUUAUUCGGAAAGUUAUUCUUCCACGACUGAUUUCUUUGUACAGUGAGCACAAAAGAAAUCAAUGCUUGAGAAAACUUCAAGAAUACAAAGAUAAACUUGCAAAUCAGAAACAAUCAUAUCCUUACAAUCAUCGUGAUGUAGCUGUGACUUUAAAUAGUAUUGGUAAUAUGUACUAUGACAUGUACAAUUAUCCUGACGCGCUUUCAUCUUACAACGAAGCUCUUGAAAUUCAAAAAAAACUACAUCCUCCAAAUUAUCCUGAUUUGAUUUUAAUUUUGAAUAAUAUCGAUCGCGUAUAUCAAAGAAUGAACAACAGUACGCAGACCAUUUCAUUUUAUGAAUAUGCUAUACGAAUUUUAGAGCAAUCACCGGAAAGUUAUUGUCUUAGUUUGGAAAAAUUUAAGAAAAAGCUUGAAAGUGCAAAGAAGGAACAAUAA